UCCCUCAGCCUCUGGCUGUCACUCAGCUUGCUGUUUGUCCUCCAUCUGACGCACCGAACCAACCAGCGGACCUCUCCGCCAACAUGAACCUUUUCUGCUUUUCCUUGGAAGGAUCUAUGGACAGCCUGUAUGAGGCAGUGCAGAGCUCCAGCGAUGGCCCCCCGCAGCCCAUCCCCAGCCGAUCGUCCAGCCAAUCAUGCAGCCGCUCCUGCAGCCCGGCGGUCCUGCUGAAUGACAGCACAAAGUGGCGAGGCUCUGGAAGAUCUAUAUCCAUGGAGAUGCCUCAGACGCAGAGAACCAACUCAAACAAGAAAAAAAGAAGAACACAUGUAUCCAAAUCUGCAUCAGAUAAUGAAACGCUUGAUAACCCCGGUUGUAAUACUGUAGUUUGGCAGCCUGCCAGGAGCCAAGAAGAUUUAGUUCACAUCACCAACAAUCACAAUGAAGAGAUGCGGAAGACUAAACACAGGACAGAAACCAGGGGUGGGAAAGGAGCUCAUCAUUCUGGCACCAAGAAAAAGGAGAAACAGCCCUCGAGCCAGGGUGCUCAUGCCAGUGGAGUGGUGACAGAGUCCAAAACUGCUGUCAGGAGAAACCCGAAAAACAGCAAGAAAGCAGGCGGGAAAAGCGGGAAAGAAGGGACAAAGAAAACUCACAGUUCCAGAGUGUGCCCCCCACCCGGCACGAUGAGCCCAGAGGUGGGAUGCCACUUUCCAGAAGUGCCAUACAGGUCAGACAGGAGGCCCUACCCAGGCAAAUUCUCCACCCUCCCCUCUCAGGAGAACGCAACCCCGGGCCGAUGCACUGACAUGGCCAGCCUUCCUGGUGGAGCGACUCCCACCCACCACCAACGCUGGAGUAACCCAGCUGACAGCAGCCUCGCCUGGGGGACCGUUCAGCACACCUGCCGCAGGCCUCUCACAGAAUACCGAGUGUACUCCCAUGACUUCAUAACGCCACACGUGAAGGAGUGGGAAGGAAGACAGCAGCGGCAGCAGGCAGUGGUCCAGGAUGACAGCAUGAAACAGGACUGUAAACCUGAGAUUCCCUCACGGGUGCCACGCUCUAUCACUGAUGUUGACCUGUCAGAACCAAAUCGCUCCACAAGCCUUGGCAAGUUUGAUGGUCUCAGACAUCACUCAUCGCAGCCCAAAGCAAAGGAAAAUGGAACAGCUAUGCUCACAGAAGAAUGUGAAAGUUCAGACCCGCACAACUCAGCUGGACUCAGGAAGAAGAUGAAGGAGAUUUCACUGACCAUGCGCAGAAAAAUGGGCAAAAAACAUGUCAAGUCUUUAUCAGAGGAGGCUGGGGAUGACACGGACAAAGAGCCAGAUGCAGAGACAGAAAGCAGCCCCCCAGCGGAGAAAAACUCCACAAAGACAAGCAACUCCUUAGAGAGUCUUUACAGUGGCCAGAGCUCCUCAAGUGGUGUGACCAGUGAGUCCAAUGGUUCUGGUCAGAGAGACAGUCUGAGGCUGGAGGAGGACGGCUCGUAUCAGGGACAGUUCUGUGGCCGAGCUCGAGUCCACACGGAUUUUGUCCCGAGUCCGUAUGACACAGACUCCCUCAAACUCAAGGUCGGUGACAUCAUCAACAUCAUCAGCAAGCCUCCGAUGGGCAUCUGGACGGGUAUGCUAAACAACAAAGUGGGCAACUUCAAGUUCAUCUAUGUUGAUGUUUUGGUGGAAAAAGAGGAAGAAGAGGAAGCUCCCAAGAUCAGGCAGCAGAAGCUGUGCAAAAGACCUCGACCUAAAACACUGUUGGAGUUACUUGAGCGGUUGAAUCUUGAGGAAUAUGCUUCUGCCUUGAUGCUAAACGGCUAUGAGACAGUGGAGUCCCUGAUGCACCUCCAGGAGAAACACCUUAUAGAGCUGAACGUCAAAGACCCAGAGCACAGACAGAAGCUGCUUACUGCUGCUGAAUACCACUACACAGAAGGCGAUGAUGUCAGGGAGGAGGAGGAGCACAAAUCGUCCCACAGCCCGCAGGAAGAAGACAGCGACUGUCCCAGAGACUCGGGCUGCUUCAUCCCGUCAGAGUGUUCGGACAGCAAAGAGGACGCAGAGCCCGUCACAGAUGCCGUGGAGUCAUAAAGUGCUCGUUUGUCUUUUGGAUAAUUUGAUAUUUAAAGUUCCACAUUUUCUUAUGACUGAUGAAAAAGUUUGGAAAAAAAAAACAUCCCAUAACUUUCUCAAAAUGUCAUGUUUGUAUCCCUGAAAGCUUACCCAGUGGGGAAGCUCUUACGUGUACAUAGAAGAGACAAUAUUUUAAACGUCAUCUUAUCCUUUUGUCACUUUAUGAGUAUAGUAGUUUAAAGCAUGGAUUUUUGGAGGGUAUUUUAUUUUAAGUCGCUGAAGAGGUGAAACUUUGUCAAAUUAAUGUCAGUUGUAUUUAUUGCAUUCUAAAUCUUUAAUUGUUUUUGCAUGUAAAGCUUUUAUUUAUCACCGCUGCAUCAUUUUUACCUUUCUCAUCAUAUCCGAUCUCUGUCUAACAUUCAGUGUACUUUCAUCUUCUGUGAAUGAAGCGAUAUCAACGAAGGGGCGUAUUUGAAAGUUGUUUGAAUAAUGCAUAUUCAGAGCUUUGCCUAUAAUGCAUACUCUACAGAUUAGCAUGCGCGCUCUUUUCUGAACGUGCACGUGAACGGUAUUUUGUGUGAGCGCUCAAAAAUGAGCAUUCAU